AUGCUGUAUUCGCCUCACUUUCCUGAUGGAAAACAAGAGGCUCAGAGCAGCGACAUGGCUUGCCCAAGGUCAUGUAGAUGGGCACUGAACUCAGGUUGGCCCAGAGUCUUUGACAACAAUGUUUAAGGCCUCCAAUUCCUGAUAGUGCAUGCCCACUCCAGACGUCCCCAAGCUGUCCCUGCUUGAGUCAUAGGCUGAGGAGGAGGGGCACAGAUAGGGGAGCAGAAAUCAGAGCCGGGCUCCUGGGGACACUACAGCUCCAGCCAACCCUGGAGGGAGCAGAUGCAGGCAGAAAAGACGGGCUGUGGAGGAAGAGCAGCAUUCUGGUGCGGGUCUGGCUAAGCAAGGGACUAGAGGCAGGAAAGGACUCCAGUGUUCAGGGCUGGGAACGCGGCCGGCUGGGCUGCCCUGCGCACAGCUGAGGAGGGCCUGCGGGACAGCCGCCCGCCAGCAGGUCCUCGGCCUCGCUCCCAACGGCCACUCCAGGCAGCACAAAGGGGGCUCUGAGCUCUGCUGAGCACCACACUGAGCCCCAUUCAUUCUCUUAGGGAUGCCAGCAACUGCCCUGGCGCCCGGGCCAAGGUAGGCCCGGCCCUAGCACCGACAAGGCGUCUCCGCCACAACAACGCAGCCUGUCCCUGGCCGGGGUUCCCAGGGCUCCGCAUGUGCCCGCCUGCAGGGCUUCCCUUGCCUUGCGCCCAGUGCUCAGCAGCAGCAGCCGGGCCUUGCCGAGGCCCACAGUGUGCUGGCCGGGCCAGCAUUUGCCUCUUUCAUCCUCCCAACAACCCCAGGAAGUGGGGGCUGUUGAGACCCCGUUUCACAGAUAAGGAAACUGAGGCCCAGAGACACAAAGUCUCUUGUGCAGAAUCACACAGCAAGUCAGGAGCAGGCCUGGCCAGGAAGCCAGCACUGGCUGAUACCACAGCCUUGGCAGUUAGGCCAGGUCACACUGGAAAUGCCUCCUGGGAGAGAAGCCAGCACCCACCCUCUGCCUUCCACUAGGAAGACCCCCAGCUCCCGCCGGGCUGCAGGCCCCUCCCCUCUUCUGAGAACAACCUAGGGAUGGGAGGAGUGUCAGCCUGGGGCUUAGGACACCUAUUGCCUGUCUAUCCAGUCUCUGCUCCUUUUUAGCCUCAGUUUCCUCAUCUGGGAAAUGGGGACAGUGCUAGGAUUUGCCUCACAGGUCUGAAGUAAGGAUCCAAGUGGAGGGUCUGUGAGGCUUCCAGCUCUGUGCCCAGAACAUUGUCGGUGCUCAGUAGGAGGAAUUGGGGUUGUACCUCCCUUUUCCUCAAAGACUAUGGCCCAGAAACCCCAUCCUUUUAUUUGAACUUUGAGCAUUGGUCCCAACCAGGCCCGUGUGUGAGCAGGACCCUGCUGCCAUGGUCUGCCAUGGGACGUGUCGCUUCUCUCAGUGCCUUGGUUUCCCCUUCACCCCAUCAAGGAGGUUCAGCUAGGUCCUUCCCCACAAAGUCCGUCACCCAGCUGCCAGGUGGCUGGGGAGGCCAUGGGCAUGGAAGGUAGCACCUCAGGCUCUCCCGUGGGCAACUGGGUUCCAAUUCCAAGUGACCUCACUUUUGGGGCCAUUAUUUUUACGGAGGAAGCAGGAAGUGCCUCAUCUCAUCCCAGACUCCCUCUGUCACAGCCCCGAUGCCAGCCUGGGGUCCAGGAUAAACAUGCCGAUCCUCUGCGAGUUGACCGCAUAACCUGCACAUAUCCUCGUUCUAGAAAUCAGGCGACUGAGGCUUCAGAGAUGGAAGCAGCCUGUCAGCGGCACACAGAGCUGGCAUUUGAAGGCCCUGGUCUUGUGCCCCUCCUCCAACCCCAGCAGCAGCUGACACCCUCUGCAGGUGUCCAGGAUGACCUGUGUCAGGGAGGUGGCAUUUCCUCACCUCUGUCCUGCAUGCAGGCAUGCACACACGCUCGGGAAGUCUGUAGGGAAAGCACCAGCUUGGGAUUAAGGGGUCUGGAAGGGCGAGUUGUAACCCAGUCUGUGCCACCAACCCGCUGUGCUACCUGGAGAAAUCCUUCUGCCUCUCUGUGCCUGAGUUCCACCAUCUCUGCCCAGUGGGUGCGGUGGACCAAAUCAUCCAGCGUCCCUGCUAGCUGACUUGGCAGGCACCAGCUCCAUGCCAGGCUCUGCACCAAAAGCUGGACCCUGUGAGGUGGGCACUGCAGCUGGCCCCUGCUCACAAAGAGGAAAUGGAGGCUCAGGGAGGUGAGUUCCCUAGCCCAGGAUCACACAAUGACAAAAUGGCCCACCAAGAUUUGAACAUGGGUAUGGGUGGGCUGGAGUCCACAGGCCUAACCACAGCACUCUGCCGUCUGCCGCUGCCAGCCCAUCUCCCGGGUACUGGGGCUUAGAAUAAACUGCCCUGCACGUAGGCCGGAUGCCCCUCGCCUUCCCAGCCCGCUGGCCAGGCCCCCUGACAGCUGUUGGCAGGCCCCCAGCGGCCCCCGGCCGGUGGGCUCCGUUCCCAGAGCCCGUGGUUUGCUCCCAGACCUCCCAGGUCCCAUGGGCUUGCAGCCUGCCCCUGCUGCAGAGGCCAAGGAGGAGGUCCACUGGGGCCAGGACCGGGGCGGCCCCAGCCCCCGCCCCCUGCCAAGAGGGUGGAGUGGGUGGGGCUGUGGGAGUUUCACUGGUUUAAAAAUACACAGAGGAAGCGAGUGAGAGGGCGAGAGAAGGGGAAGGGGACGUGGGGAGGCACCUCAACCUUCCCGUCUAGAUCCUCAAGCCACCACUUGCUGGCUGACCAGCGGCUUUGCACGACUUGCCAAGAUGACAGAGGGGCCCAGGAAGGCCAGCAAAAAGUUCAGUGCACAGAGGCCGGCUGGAACACCCUGUCCCCGCCCCGACACACGCAGAGUUCUUCAAGUUCAAGGGCUUUGGGAGCCUCUCCAGCCUCCCUCGGUCCUUCACUCUGAGACGGUCCUCAGCCCCCAUCAGUAUCCAGUCCCGUCUGGAGCCUGACACCUUAGAGGCUACACAGGAUGACAUGGUGACAGUCCCCAAGAGCCCCCCAGCCUAUGCCCGCUCCAGCGACAUGUACAGCCACAUGGGCACCAUGCCUCGCCCCAGCAUCAAGAGGGCUCAGGAUCGAAAGGCUGCCCAGGAGGCCCAUGAGGUGGGCUCUAAGCCCAACCUUGUACCCCAAGGUCUGUCUGAGCCCCCAGGCUUGGAGGCAGCCAAAGAGGUGGUGGCGAUGGCCAAUGCCCCCCUGGAGGACACCUCAGCAAUGGAACCCAAGCCUCCAGCAGUAGAGGUGGACCCCAAGAGAAAGCCCGAGGAUUUUAUCGCCGACGUAGAGGAGGAGAGAGCUCCUGGGGGUGCACACCCAGAAAGGACCACUGGAGAGCAGGAGGCUGGCGGGGACUAUGUGAAGUUCUCCAAGGAGAAGUACAUCCUGGACUCAUCACCAGAGAAACUGCACAAGGAGUUAGAGGAGGAGCUCAAACUCAGCAGCACAGACCUCCGCAGCCAUGCCUGGUACCAUGGUCGCAUCCCCCGAGAGGUCUCGGAGACCUUGGUACAGCGCAACGGCGACUUCCUCAUCCGGGACUCGCUCACCAGCCUGGGCGACUACGUGCUCACGUGCCGCUGGCGCAACCAGGCCUUGCACUUCAAGAUCAACAAGGUGGUGGUGAAGGCAGGGGAGAGCUACACCCACAUCCAGUACCUGUUCGAGCAGGAGAGCUUCGACCAUGUGCCCGCCCUCGUGCGCUACCACGUGGGCAGCCGCAAGGCUGUGUCGGAGCAGAGUGGCGCCAUCAUCUACUGCCCCGUCAACCGCACCUUCCCGCUGCGCUACCUCGAGGCCAGCUACGGCCUGGGCCAGGGCAGUGGCAAGGCCGCCAGCCCCGCCAGCCCCUCGGGCCCCAAGGGCAGCCACAUGAAGCGGCGCAGUGUCACCAUGACGGACGGGCUCACUGCGGACAAAGUCACCCGCAGUGACGGCUGCCCCACCAGCACGUCGCUGCCCCACCCUCGGGACUCCAUCCGCAGCUGCGCCCUCAGCAUGGACCAGAUCCCAGACCUGCACUCGCCCAUGUCGCCCAUCUCCGAGAGCCCCAGCUCCCCUGCCUAUAGCACCGUAACCCGUGUCCACGCCACCCCUGCAGCCCCCUCUGCCACAGCACUGCCUGCCUCCCCGGUCACCCGUCGCUCCAGUGAGCCCCAGCUGUGUCCCGGAAGUGCCCCAAAGCCCCCUGCGGAGUUGGACAAGGGCCCUCAUGCAAGCCCCUCCCACACCCUCUGCAAGGCCUCCCCGUCACCAUCGCUAAGCAGCUACAGCGACCCAGACUCUGGCCACUACUGCCAGCUCCAGCCUCCCGUCCGUGGCAGCCGAGAGUGGGCAGCGGCUGAGGCCUCCAGCCGGCAGGCCAGGAGCUAUGGGGAGAAGCUAAAGGAACUGUCAGAAAAUGGGGCCCCCGAGGGGGACUGGGGUAAGACCUUCACAGUCCCCAUUGUGGAAGCCACCUCUUCCUUCAACCCGGCCACCUUCCAGUCACUACUGAUCCCCAAGGAUAACCGGCCACUGGAGGUGGGUCUUCUGCGCAAGGUCAAGGAGCUGCUGACGGAGGUGGAUGCCCGGACGCUGGCCCGGCAUGUCACCAAGGUUGACUGCCUGGUUGCUAGGAUACUGGGCGUUACCAAGGAGAUGCAGACCCUAAUGGGAGUCCGCUGGGGCAUGGAGCUGCUAACCCUCCCCCACGGCCGGCAGCUGCGACUAGACCUGCUGGAAAGGUUCCACACCAUGUCCAUCAUGCUGGCCGUGGACAUCCUGGGCUGCACGGGCUCCGCCGAGGAGCGGGCCGCGCUGCUGCACAAGACGAUCCAGCUGGCGGCCGAGCUGCGGGGGACGAUGGGCAACAUGUUCAGCUUCGCCGCGGUCAUGGGUGCCCUGGACAUGGCCCAGAUUUCCCGGCUGGAGCAGACAUGGGUGACGCUGCGACAGCGACACACAGAGGGUGCCAUCCUGUAUGAGAAGAAGCUCAAGCCUUUUCUCAAGAGCCUCAAUGAGGGAAAAGAAGGCCCCCCGCUGAGCAACACCACGUUUCCUCACGUGCUGCCGCUCAUCACCCUGCUGGAGUGUGAGUCGGCCCCAGCAGAGGGCCCCGAGCCCUGGGGCAGCACGGAGCAUGGUGUAGAGGUGGUGCUGGCCCACCUGGAGGCUGCCCGGACUGUGGCGCACCACGGAGGCCUGUACCACACCAACGCUGAGGUCAAGCUGCAGGGGUUCCAGGCCCGCCCGGAGCUCCUGGAGGUGUUCAGCACUGAGUUCCAGAUGCGUCUCCUCUGGGGCAGCCAGGGCGCCAGCAGCAGCCAGGCCCGGCGCUAUGAAAAGUUUGACAAGGUCCUCACUGCCCUGUCCCACAAACUGGAGCCUGCUGUCCGCUCCAGUGAGCUGUGACCUCCAAGGACCCAUCCCUUCUGCAGCUGCGGACAGCAUUGGGGGCAGAAGGGCACAGACCUUUCCCCAGAGCACCCCAGGGACACUGUGAUCAGCCCGAGAAUGUUCUGGGUUCAACUCCAGGAUCUCCUUUGCACCUCCAGGGUCCUGCAUGGACUCUGGGCCCCGUCCGACCACCACCACCACCACGGCUACACGUUCAUCAAGUCUUCCUUGAGGAAGAACGGGAACCCCCUGUUCCUCCCACCAGCUUCUGCUGCUCCCCUUCCUGCAGGUUCCUUGUUUUUGAGCCAUGGGAGGCUCCUCAUGCCUCCUCACUCUCCAUCUGUCCCUCACUGACACCAAGGCCUCCAUCUUGCUGUAAAUAAGCCCAUCUGUUCUGUAAAUAGAUGUACAGAAGCCACACUCUUUCUUUCAUAUAAUAAACUUUUAUGACUCUUU